CAGCGGUUGUCAUUCCGCUUUGAGGAAAUAAAACUUAAAAUUUAGUUGCGAAAUAUUUAUGUUGCUCACUGUUGUAUAAAAUUGGUUAAUCAUUUGCGAAUUGCCUCCUGUAAAAUACAUCUUGUGUGACUAAAUAAUGUGUAAUCACGGAUGUAUACAUACGUAAUUAAUUGUUUCAACGAAUAUUCAAGGAACAUAUAACGUACAGUGCUGACACCAGUAACCAAAUCUUAAAAUUUAAACAUAAUAUUUAUAUAAGAGUUAUUUAAAAACGAAGGAAAAUGUAUGGAAUAUUUAUCUUUGUAACGGUAAUAAUUAAAACUGUAAAUUCACAUGGCGGACAUGGUGACACGUUACAGACUAAGAAUGCAAUACAAGACGCCCUCUUGUCUUACCUUUGUCAUGGAGCAAAUGGAUAUCCUUGUAACGGACACGGAAGUUGUUCUGGCGGAGCAUGUACCUGCUACCAUGGUUACAGUGGACUUAAAUGUGAAAUCAAUGACGCAGAUUUGACAAAUAUCGGAAAUAUUGGUGACACAUUUCUUGGAGGCCCUGAUACCGGAGGAGGACUAACCUUAGAUGACCUACUUUCUCCACUUGCAAUCACUGAAUCUCCUCAAGUACUAGCAUGUCUGUCAACAGAUGCAGACGCUUGCAGUGGACACGGUUUCUGUCAUCAAGGUAAUUGUAUAUGCGAACCUGGACAUUCUGGCAUACUUUGUGAACUAUCACAUGAACAAGGAUUUUGUAAAACUUAUAAAGAAUGUGCUGAAUGUACGGCUUUUAUGAAUGACUGUCCAAAAAAGUGUUCCUUGAUUGCAAAGUUUAGACUCGUUUUCGGAUUUCCAAGGGCAACCGAUGGAGACAACUUUAGAAAAUGCCGCUUUAGAAAUUCCGAUUUUAACUGCACAUUCUAUUUUAAACAAGAAAGCGAGUCUCCGCAAGGGCUGAAAACUAUUGCAGUAAAAGCCUGUUUGAAUUAUAAUGAAGCUAUUACUAAAGCAAACGAGACGGCGGCAGAACAAAUGAAAGACAAGCCUUUAAAACCUGUCACGCCAUCGCCUACACCAGCCCUCACUACGACAUCAACUGUUGACGACAGAAGUUCAAUAGACCAUUCACACGAACCGCAUGACACUCAUACGCAUGAUGAUCAUGUGCACGACACCAUGGCUGAUUCUGGGAAACAAGACACAAGCACAGGCGGUUCAGGUGCAAGUGUUAUGAAGCCAGGACUGUUUGUAAUAAUUGGAAGUGUACUAAUGUUCUUGUGAUUGUAAGUCAUAGUAAUCGUGUUCGAGUCAAAUAUCAUCUUUAUGAAGCCAAAAUGGAAAAAGCUUCAAAACCAUUAUGGAAAAUGAAAUGAAGGAGUAAGGCAAUUUCUCUAACUUUGAAAGAAUACUGGCUAAACUUACUGUAAAUUGCUAUUGAUAUCAAUAUGUGUACAUAAUGGUGAAAUAUAUAUUUACAAUUCUGUGAUAAGUUUCCAUUCAUCGUAAUUAUCUACCAAAGUGUUAAAAUAUUUAUUAUCCAAGUGACGUGUUUUAGAAACAAUCUUUAAGGCAGACUGAUACCAAUUAACAUUUUCAUUAAAUUAAAAUAAUUCUACUUACAUAGAUGUAUAAUUACAUUUACAUAUCAUAUAUUUUUGCUAAAUCAUUAUGGUGUAGUAUGGACGGACCUUAGUUAAGAACCAUGUGUGCAGAGUUCUUCUGGCUAGUUUUGUAAUUUCAUCGCGGUGAAAUAUACAAAAAAGGACUCCUACACCUGAUAUCAUAACAAAUACCACUCUGUUUGAUAAAAUCUCAUAUUUUCUUACUUUGUAAUAAAAGGCGAAUAAAAA